UCAGAGGCAGCACCGUGAGGAGGGACGAGCUAAACCCUCAGUGCUAAAGCCUUCAGAGCACUUCAGUCAGCUGACAAGCUCACAGUCCGGAGGCUGUAGUUUUUAUCAGCGUCGAGAACUUAAAUACAGCCCUAAAAAAGAACGGGGCUAUUAGUGAGUCUGCAGGAUACGCUUACUUGAAGAUUCACACGGUUCAUUUAGGAGGAGGAGAUGGGCGACGGCUCCGAGUUUUCGACCUGCUGACAGAGAUGGAAGGCGUUUAUUUUAAUAAAGUAGACGCUCGUGAAGGCGUAAAGAUGUCUCGCGGCGGAUUUACCAGAGGAAGAUGAAGUUUCGAUGAAGAAGCGGCGACAGGAGGAGGCUGGAGCUGGAGCUGCUGCUGCCGAGAGAAAAGUUCGCCUACAGCCAUGUCGACCAACAGCAGCGACUUCAGGAGCCCUGAGCCCAACUUCCCCGCUCUAGUCUUCGGCAUAUUACUCAUUACAGCCAUCAUCUGCGGCAACGUGCUCGUCUGCCUCAGCGUUUAUAAAGAAAAAGCCCUAAAAACGACCACCAACUACUUCAUCGUUAGCCUGGCUGUGGCGGACCUUCUACUGGCAGUGCUAGUUUUGCCACUUUAUGUCUACGCUGAGUUUCAGGGUGGUGUCUGGUCCUUGAAUAUAGUUGUCUGUGACUGGCUGAUGGCUAUGGAUGUCAUGCUUUGUACAGCCUCUAUAUUCAACCUGUGUGCAAUCAGCAUUGACAGGUUCAUAGCAGUGUCCAUACCGCUGAACUAUAAUCGAAAACAUGUUGACCAUCGGCAGAUCAUCCUGCUCUCCGCCACCUGGCUCCUCGCCUUUGCUGUGGCCUCCCCUGUUAUCUUCGGCAUAAACAACGUACCACAGAGGGACCCAAAGGAGUGCAAGCUGGAGGACGACAACUACGUGGUGUACUCGUCCGUUUGCUCCUUCUUCAUUCCCUGCCCCAUCAUGCUGCUGUUGUACUGUGGGAUGUUCCACGGUCUCCGUAGGUGGGAAGAGGCCCGCAAGGCCAAGCUGAGGAACAGCAUCCAGGCCUGCCGGAAGUUGCAGCAUGCCGCAGUGGCUGCUGCCCUGCCACCCCUGGCCGCCCUGCCGGCCUCGCUGCCCCGCGUCAUUGAGCAGGACCUGGCCCAGUGCAGCGUCGACGACCUGGACGAUGACAUGCAGCCAAGCUGCCCUUUGCCACCAGAGUACAAUAACAGCCCCAUUCAAAGUGUGGCCUACGCAGAGUUACAGAAUUCAGGCCAAAGGAAAAAGAGGGCCAAGAUCAAUGGCAGGGAGAGGAAAGCCAUGAGGGUCCUACCUGUUGUUGUGGGUGCUUUCCUUUUCUGCUGGACUCCAUUCUUCGUGGUUCACACAACACGGGCCCUGUGUGAGUCAUGUGAAAUCUCCCCCCACUUAAUGAGCACAGUGACUUGGCUGGGUUACGUGAACAGUGCGCUGAACCCUAUCAUCUACACCGUCUUCAACACAGAGUUUCGCAGGUUCUUCCGCAAGUUUCUACACAGCUGCUGCUGACACCCCCACCAAGCCAGACGAAAAUAUGAUGCCAUAAAUGAUCCUGAAGAAUGAGCGUGAAGUAUCUCGUCACUGUUAGGACAAAACCUUGUGUCUUCAUUCUUAUAUAAUUUGAAAACUCCAGCUGCUCU